CCUAUACUCCCUAUCCUGUACUCCCUAUCCUGCGAACAAAUCUGAUAAAGAACAGAUCGUGUCUGCCCAGCAGAUUUAAGCUUCAACUGUAGUCUGUACUCUACCUUGCAGCAUCGUUGUCAAGCGGCCGGUACUAGAUGAAAGAAAAGGAACAGGAUAGGGAGGGCUCUCGUCCCAAGUAUGAAAGAGAUGACAAAGAACAUGGGUUAAUCACAGGGAAGCCUCCAAACCAAGAUCAUGGGCAACCCAAGAACAAGCGACCCCCUCCAGAUCCUGCCAACUUCGAGCACAAUGGUGAUCCUCCACCUUUAGACCACAACAACAAUGCAGAUGUCGUGGAGAGAGACAUAGGAGUGGAGCAGUUCUCAAUGCCCAAGAGCCUGAUCUCUGAGCUGGAUGAGAAGUUAUCUCGGCCUACCAGCCUCUCAUCGAAGGAUGGUCAGGUACCACUUCCAGACGUUGAGGGGGACAUCAUGCAAGCAGUGGAAAUGUCAACCACAGACCUGUCAGGAUCGGGAGAGCAGUUCUCAAUGCCCAAGAGCCUCACCUCCCAGCUGGAUAAGAUUCUAUUUUGUCCUUUUCAAGCAAGUAGAUCAAGUAACAGAGUCAGCAGGAGGUAUUUGAGCUGCAUCAAAUUCACAAGAGCAUCUGGAGUGCAGUGUGGAAGAGAGCUACAGAAGCUGAGAAUGGAGGUUGAUUGCCUGAAGGCCAAUGCAGAUAAAAGAGGUACAGUCCCCUGGCAAAUCUACGUAUAUGACGAUCUGAAGAAGACGCUUGUAGGAUUCAUGGCAUGUUUGAUUAUCACAAUAGUAGUAGGAUACGUCAUGCAACUGUGGUAG